AUGCAUCUCAGGCUCGUGUCGGACUUCAACUGCAAGGGGUCCAACAGGAGCAUUAACACCUAUGAGGCCGGUGACACCUCGGAGAAGCCCCAGGAUCUUCUGCUCCUCGAUGUCGCUCCUCUCUCGCUCGGUAUCGAGACCGCUUAUGGGAACACGACCGUCCCGACGAGGAAGUCGGAGAUCUUCUCGACAUACUCUGACAACCAGCCUAGAGUGCUCAUCCAUAUUGACCCUGAAGUCUUUGAAGACACUCGCAAUACCAUACAAGACAACAACCUGCUCGGCAAUUUCGAGCUCGUCGACAUCCCUCCAGCGCCCCAUGGUGUUCCUCGGAUCGAGGUCACAUUCGACAUCAACGCGAACGGUAUCCUCAACGUCUCUGCCGCCGACAAGACGACCGGCAACUCGAACCGCAUCACCGUUCCCAACCACAAGGGCCGUCUGUCGAAGGAGAAGACUGAGCGCAUGGGAAACGAGGCCGAGAAGUACAAUAACGAGGCUGCAGCUGCUUGUAUCACCUCACAGAAUGGUCUCGGGUCAUACGCGUACAACCUCCGUAACUCGCUCACCGACGAGAAGCUUGCGGGCAAGUUCGACCCGGCCGACAAGAGCAAGCCUGAGUCCGCCGUAAACGAUGCCAUCUCAUGGCUCGACAUGUCGCAAGAGGCCCCGAAGGAGGAGCACGAGGAUUGCCAGAAGGAGCUCGAGAGCAUCACAGGCCCCAUCAUGCAGAAGCUCUAUGCUGUGGGCGGCGGCGCAUCGGGCGGGUAG